GAGAACAGUGCAAGCGAUGAUGAUGAUGAUGAUGAUAUCCCCUUAGCUCAACGUCAUCAGCAACAACAACAACAACAACAACAACAAAAGCAACGUUUAGCACCCAUUAAAUUAGAAGGAGAGAAUGGCAAUGAUAGUGAUGAUAGUGACGACGAUGAUGAUGAUAUACCUCUAUCUGCACGUAUGCAAAAGCCGCUUGGAGUAGCAUCACCAGCCAUCACCCAUUCCAGUGCGAACAAAAGUGAUGACGUUGAAUCCAACGACGACGACGAGGAGGAAGAUGAUGAUGAUGACGAUAUUCCUUUAGCUAAGCGUACUUUACCCCCUAAAAGUAGCCAUGCUAUUGAAAGCAGUGAUGACGAUGAUAUUCCAUUGGCACAGAAGCAACAGAUAGCAAAGAAAAAGACAUCCAAACCCACCGUGAAAACGGAACCUAUGGACAUGGAUGUUAAAUCGGCCGCCGCCACAUCAAAAAAGAGACCUUUAAGUGGUAGCGAUUUUACCAAAUUGAAAAAGGAAAAGGGCGGUGAACCUAGUAAAAAGAAGGUGAAAAAGGACGAAGACGAUCCAAAUCUUUAUAAAUGGUGGGAAGAAGAGCAAAAUGCUGAAUUUAAAGAAGACGAUUCUAUUAAAUGGAACACACUGGAACAUCAAGGUGUCUUGUUUCCUCCUGAAUAUGUGCCUCAUGGCGUGAAAAUGAAGUACGAUGGCCAGUUCAUUACGUUGAGCCCUGAGGCUGAAGAAGUGGCUACUUUCUUUGCCGCUUUGUUGGAAACAGAUCACGGUAAAAACCCAGUGUUCCAAAAGAACUUUUUCAAGGAUUGGCAAGAAGUGUUGAAGCAAGAUCCUAGAAAUCCUAAAAUAACAGAUUUUAGCAAAUGUGAUUUCCGACCUAUUUGGGAAAAGUUAGAAAGAGACAAGGAAAAGAAAAAGGCAUUGACAAAAGAAGAGAAACAACGUAUCAAAGCAGAAAAGGACAAGCUGGAAGAGCCCUAUCUUUACGCUUUGGUGGAUGGUCGUAAGGAAAAGGUGGGUAAUUUCAGAAUCGAACCUCCAGGUUUGUUCCGUGGUCGAGGUAGCCAUCCCAAGACCGGUAAAUUAAAGCAGCGCGUCCGACCUGAACAAGUCACACUCAAUUUGGGCAGAGAAGCACCGAUUCCUGAUCCUCCCAAGGGCCAUAAAUGGGCAGCGGUGGUUCAUGACCAGACAGCAACGUGGUUAGCUACUUGGAAAGAGAAUGUCAACGGCAGCACCAAAUAUGUGUUUUUGGCUGCGACGUCUUCGUGGAAAGGCCAAAGCGAUAUGCAAAAAUUCGAGAAAGCGAGAGAAUUAAAGAAAGUGGUGGAUAAAAUUCGUGAGGACUACAAGCGUGAAUUGAAAGAUAAAUUGAGCGAAGUACGUCAACGAGCCACGGCGAUGUACUUGAUUGACCGUUUAGCCCUCAGAGCGGGUAAUGAAAAAGGCGAAGACGAGGCCGAUACGGUAGGCUGUUGUUCGCUUCGUUACGAACAUAUCACGUUGGAGCCUCCAAAUACACUGCAUUUUGACUUUCUCGGUAAAGACUCGAUUCGCUAUACGAAUUCAGUAGCGGUCGAGCACCAGGUGUACAAAAACAUUGGCAUCUUCAAGAAGCAAGUGGGCCCGGGCAACAUGAUUUUCGACCGCCUGACACCGACGAGUCUGAACAAGCACUUGAACAACUACAUGAAGGGUCUGUCUGCCAAGGUCUUCCGUACGUACAAUGCGUCGUACACGUUCCAGAAGGAGCUGGAUCGACUGACUCAGGCUGACGACAGCAUGGUCGAUAAGCUGCUGUCCUACAACCGUGCCAACCGUCAGGUCGCUGUCCUGUGUAACCAUCAAAGGGCGGUCUCCAAGUCGCACGCGGACUCGAUUGCUCGGAUCAACGAGCGUAUCCGCGCGCUGAAAUACCAGCGUAUGAAGUUCCGCAAGCAGCUUUACUACGUCGAUGCCAAAUACAAAAAGCAGCCCGAGUUCGCCGACCCCGAGUCAGACAUGGACGACGACUGGAUUGUCCAACACGAAAAAGACCUGGUGGAGAAGGAAAAGGACAAGAUCAUGAACAAGUUCCAGCGAGAGAACGAGAAACGAAAAGCGGAAAAGCAACCGUUGAUGGCAGAAAGCGAGCUAAAAGAAAAGUUGAAAGCUGCGGAUGAAUUGGAGACACGGUUGAAGGAAGAACGCAAGCAGAAAGUGAUUGCACCCAAGUCUGCGUCCACGACAGCUGAAAAGCUCAUUGAACGCAUUCAUAAGGUCGAUGACCGUAUUUACGCGACAAAGAAUCAGGCGACAGAUAAGGAAGAGAACAAGGAAAUCGCCCUGGGUACUUCCAAAUUGAACUAUAUUGAUCCACGUAUCUCUGUCGUUUGGUGCAGAAAGAAUGACAUUCCUCUGGAAAAGGUGUUUAGUAAGACUUUGUUGGAAAAAUUCAGAUGGGCAAAGAAUGUGCCUGAGAAUUGGAAAUUUUAAUACAUACACUUGUGGCUGCUUACUCAUCUUUAUGUACUUUACACACUUUUUAUCUUUACUAAUAAAAACAAGGACAUCAGACU